GACGUUCUGAUCUCAACUGAUUCUGGCUUCAAAUGCUGCAAUCAUGAUCUCAGCAGAUCUCUUUGGAACUGCAACCAAUCUGAACACUUUGGCACAGAAAUCCAAAUUUAUCUAUUUCGCAGAGAAUCACACGACAGAAAUCUACACCGGACCCACAUCUCCGGUGCUCUGUAACAGCACGUACUUUGAACUCAAUGGAUCGCGCUUUUGCAACGGGAGUCGAGCGCUCGGCCUUGUCGACAAAUCGGAACAGCAGCAAUACGUUAUAGGCCUUUUCUUAUCGUGCCUUUACACAAUAUUCCUCUUUCCUAUUGGCUUCGUGGGGAACAUCCUUAUUUUAGUGGUGAACAUUAGUUUCCGCGAGAAGAUGACCAUUCCCGACUUGUACUUCAUAAACCUGGCCGCAGCAGACCUCAUUUUAGUCGUCGACUCCCUCAUUGAAGUUUUUAACCUCGACGAAAAAUACUAUGAUAUAACCAUCAUUUGUACUUUCAUGUCCUUGUUCCUGCAAAUCAACAUGUACAGUAGCAUCUUCUUCCUAACCUGGAUGAGCUUUGACAGGUACAUUGCCCUAGCCAAAGUUAUGAAGUCCAACCUGUUCCGCACCAUGGAGCACGCCAGGCUCAGCUGUGGCCUCAUCUGGCUGGCGUCCAUCUCCGCAGCAUUAGUGCCCUUCACGGCUGUCCAUUUGCAACACUCCGGGGAAAUUCACUUUUGCUUUGCCGAUGUGGCCGAGAUUCAGUGGCUAGAAAUAACCGUAGGGUUUAUCAUACCUUUCGCUGUCAUAGGCCUUUGUUAUUCAUUAAUUGUGAGAGUUCUGAUCAGGGCCCACAAGCACAGAAGUUUGCGCCUCCGCCGGCAGAAAGCCCUCCGCAUGAUUUUCGUGGUGGUCCUUGUCUUCUUCAUCUGUUGGCUUCCGGAAAACGUCUUCAUCAGCGUGCAACUUCUCCAAAAGACGGAGGAAUCCUCGUUGAGGGGCCGGUCUUUCAGACACAACUACCCCUUAACGGGGCACAUUGUCAACCUUGCAGCAUUCUCUAACAGCUGUUUGAACCCGCUAAUCUAUAGUUUCCUAGGUGAAACUUUCAGAGACAAGCUAAAGUUGUACAUUGAACAAAAAACCAAAGUGUCCAUUUUGAACCGCCUUUGUCAUGCUACACUGAAAUCGGUGAUUUCUGAUAGCACCGAGCAAUCAGAAGUUUAGGCAAGCCUGCAUCCAAGGUACCGCAACAGAGCCUGCCCAUCGCGCUUCUUACUAACAGAGAAAGUGCUCACUGUCUACCCAGU